UAAAGAUUGGUCCUCCUUGCCACUCAAACAGACCAUUGGCGUCCCCGUGUGGCGCAAACACACCCGACCUGACAGAAAGCGAUUACUAAUAACGGUUCGACUUGUACCUUCUGCCCUUCCGUACCAAAGUAUCUCUAAACGGAUGGAAGUUUAACCUUAUACCAUCCACAAGUUGAACAUGGAUAAAGGCUUUGUCGUUGUUAGAAUAAAGAAAAAUAGUUUGAGGGAACUGUCUGUAUUUUGGUCUGGUAUUUGUGGGGAAAAGCAGCGUUCGCGAGAGAAAGAAACCAGAAGGCUGGUUAUUAUGUGCGUUUCUGCCGUUGGCCCUUGCUGUUUAUGGACAAUGAGCGCCACUCGAGGAAAGUAGAUCUGACCACUUGAGGUCAGUCUAUGCGUCCGAUUUAGUGACGUGUCGUCCCCAGAGGAGGACCGUGAUGUCCUCGGUUCGGGCUGCAACUUUGGUAGCUGCGCUGUCCUUCAGUCUGGUGCGCGGAGGUGUCCCCAGGUCAUGGAAGUCGCCUUGGCCAGGGUGCGACAAUGGAAAGCUCUUAAUACAGAUGGACCUACCUCGAAAUGCUUUGUGGGCGUGCCCAGCAACAUCUUGGCCUGAGGCUACUCAGAGCUACCCUGGUGUUGACACUGUGUAUGAUCCUGAGCCGGCCAAGCAGGUUUGUAUGGGUACACCUAUCAGCUACAACCUGAACAUUCCUAACAGUGGUCCAUACAGACCCGUAGGUGCGGAGAGUGGAGAGUACUUGUACUGCCCUGCUGAACGAUGGCUGAACAACCUGCACCAUGGCGCUACCGUGCUGCUUUACCAUCCCUGCGCUCCUCUCAGCGAGCGCGUCCGUCUGUCCGUCCUGGCUCGCUCCUGCCUGUCCGACUACAUCAUCACCCCGCACCCAGAACUCGAACACACGCGUGUGGCUUUGGUGUCCUGGGGCCGAACUCUGGAGCUGUCCACUAUUCACACCCUCGCUGUUUGUGAUUGGCUGGAGGAGGUGGAAGCAGCAGCGAAAGGAACCAAUCCAAACGAUGUGGUUGCGACCAGGAACUACAGUCUUCUGCUGAUCAGGCCAGCAGAGCAGAAUGCCCUCCCAGCAAAACAAUCACACGCCAACACAAUGCUGUCUAUUAGGCAUUGCUGUGAGAAGAGCCUCUUCAACCCUCUGGUUCAAGGAGAGGAGGCGAGGUGGCAGGGAGGAGGAGGAGGAGGAGGAGGAAGGCGGCCCAGAGGGGCCAUCAAGAAGUCGGAGAAGACAGAGACCACGACCAAACAUGAGACUUCUCCAUCCAAAUCCACUCAGACCUUGCAGGCCUCCAGAGCAUCGCAGUCCGAACCAAAUCCUGGUCUAGUGAAACCAGGGCCAGAGCCGCCCCGGCCCGGUUCCAGAGGCCGUCCUGCGACAACUGUUCUUGGAUCAGUUCUUGCAAAAACAACCAUGGCUGGACGCGGUGGUUCAGAUGUAAAAGUGACAGUGGAACACAGGGACAGAGGUUCUGCUGGCCAGAACUCUGCAGAGCAGAAACUGUUGACUGACCUGCCGGACAGGACGGUGAAGAACGGUGAGCGGGUGGCUAUGAAACAGAGCCGAGAACCUAAACUCACACACCCGGUCGGCAUCGAGGACAAAAACAUCGAGACCCCGCCCAAGGCUCCACCUCCUCUCCCAAACGCCCACCACAGGGCUUCCACACCCACUCCCACCGCCCCUGAGGACAUUGUGGACCCCGACGGCCACAUCGCGGCCGGCGUGCUGGGGGGCAAGGGGCGGACCCCGCGCACGGACGAGGCGGUGUGGGCGGCGGGCGCGCUAGGCUUCCUGAUGGUUCUGCUGGCCCUGUCUGUGCUGCACACCCGCCUCUACCGCCAGUGGAGGACCACCCCACCCAUGUACUGGCACGACCCCCGGCAGGACUACGACAGCGUGGCCGAUGUGAUCCGGAAGAGGCUGAAGAUAGCAGACCGGAGGCACAGGAGGAAGUCCUACCAGCCCAGGACACAAGAGUGUUUGCUCUUACCCAGCUCGGAUGAAGAAGACGAUGACCAGUAGUUUUUUAAGCGCUGCGUGGAGAUGACACCAAGUACUGAUUUCUCAGCGUUGAAUGUUAGGAUGCCCCUGCAUUUCCAUUUAGUACACCGAUUGUUAAUGACGGUGAUGACACUAAUUAGUUAAAAAGGCAAGGUCAAGUUAAUUGUAGGUACACUUAGCCUUCUCAAAGUUCGGAGCAGUGAAUGCCCUCCUUGGCAUCUAUUGAUCAGAUUUCUCUUUUGCCUUGCAAUUAGUCUAGCCUGGUCCUACCAGACUCUCGUACUUCAUUUCAUUUGCACAGAGAGUCUGGACCCACUCAAUUGACUAACGUUAACUCACUUGAAGGCGGGUGUCUGGCCAUAACCAAUCGCUAACGUUUGGCCAGGCUGUAAACAAACCAAACACUGUGCGUGACGAUGUCCGUCAACGAGCUCUGACUUUAACGUGACGUCAUUGUUCUCAGCCACUCCCUCUGUUCGCUGAUUGGAGGCACAAAAGAGAAAACCCACUAACACUCCGCAGACCCAGACGUAUUACUGAAGGGAAAUUAAAAUUGAGCAGAAGUACUCGGGUGGGCGGAGCAAGGCUACAAUUAGUCAGACGGUCUAAAUAUUGUAUUAUGUUUAUAUAGAAAGGGCUAAAAUAUUAAUGAAUAAUGGAUCAAAUCAGAGUUGGUGAAAACCUUCCCGCAAUAUUCAACACUCCUGGCCUUUGAUGCACUAGUUUCUUCAUUACACAUAGAAUCCAAUGUGAGUAAGCGUAGGAUUGUGUGUAAUUUCAUGUUGGUUUUUUUUACAAUGGAUGAGCUUGGUAAUGAUUUAAUGCUGUUUUUAUAUUUCAAUUUUUUUUAUCUGUGUAGGAUUUGCUAGGUGGACGAUGUAAGCAACACUGUCAAAACAAAGAGGCUAUCAGCUGAUGGUACAAACACUAAAGUAGGGUAGGUGGGGUCUGAUCGGAUCCCUGCGCAGUCUGGCUCGCAUCCCGUAUGCAACCCGGCACAUCGGAUCGCCACGUUAAUCUGAUCUGGGAGCAUCAACACACGACAGUUAAUGCGUCCUGGUGGGAAUCAGAUAACAAAAUUCACUCUGAAAUGCCAAAUUCACUGGAGUCACACAUGGAUCUCAGCACACCCUACCUUCCCUGAAAAGUGAAGUUAUUAAAAGUUUUUAAUACA